AUGCACUUCAUAUGCAAUGAUCUGGGUUUUUUUGCAGCCGACGAUCAAGACGUUAGUAAAAUAUCAAAAAGACGCUGGGGGAGAAGUAAGUAACAUCAGAAAUAAAUUCAUGAUCACUUCUUUGGUAACUUUCAUCAAUAUAUUUUGAAAUCAUACUAUAUAGUUUAACAUUCCAUUGUGGACACUUCUCUGAUACAGGCAACGGACGUAAUAAAUCGAAAUAUUUUCCUCCUGCAAGCCAGGAGGUUAUGUUUUCAUCCGCGUUUGUAUGUGUACGUGUGGUUUAAAAAUAUCAAACGAUUUAUGACGAAAUUUUGUGUGCCCAGACUAGUUUCAUAUAAAUUUAAUUGACCUCAUUAUUUUGGCACUAACGCUUGUAUCCUAAAAGCUCACUCACACUCAAAGAGUGGAGGUACAUUUGCCCUUCCCUUGAGUGUCAGUGCUGUUUCUGAAUAGCUAGCUAUAGAUAGUGAGUACUGAGUAGUCACAGAGUAACGCACGACACUAACCCUAUACAGCUAUUCGAAAACAGCACUGACACUGAAGGGAAGCUCAGAUUGAACCUCCACUAUUUGAGUGUGAGUAUGAGUGAGCUUUUAGAAUACAGGCGUAUUACUAAGUGAUGAGGUGAAGAUAGUUCGUGUCAGUUAUAUCUGCUUAUGUCCAGCCAUUCUGCGGCUCGCCUGCGUUGCAGACCGUCAACUUGCGGGCGAGGCGCACGACGGGAACUGAGACGCACAGUCUGCUGGAUUUAGCUCAAUGUAGUUUGCAUACCGCGUUCGGCUAAAAUAUUACAUUACUUAUGUAUACAAGCAUCGCCAUCAAAUCGAAAAAUUAACGGUAGCGUGCAAUAGAACGCCGUAGGUUUUUUAAACCUAAUCCUGUACAGUAUACGUAGAAACAAGUGCCGUUGAUUUUUACAACACGAUAAAAUAUAGCCACUUCUUUCAACCUCACAAGUAGGUGAAUUCUGACGGGUUUACUAUUAAAUUGGAUUAGUCGUGCGUGCAAAUUGAAAUGCGAAAUAUAGACUAAAUCUUAUAUAGGACGUAUAGCCACAUUAAUUGUAAAGAGCGUCGGAAUGAUUAAUGACAUACUGAAUGCAUGUCUAUUGUGCUUUUUGCGCUAAGAGGUCGAGGUUUUGCGGUUUUGAAUUCGACUUUAAAAUGACAAUUUCAAUUGGUUUAGUUAUAGAUAAGCGCGCAUGAAAUAUUUUAUUCACUUUUCUUAAUAUAGAAUGGAUAUCCUUUUGAAUCGGAAUAUUUAUAAUUAAAAACAUAGACUAAAUUCUUUAAAGAUCGAAUUGUUCCGUGUCUUACAAUGAAGCAAAUAUCUUCUCCCACAUAACAUGGAAUUGGAAUUUUCCACAAGUUGCCAACGAUUUUUUCUUCAUACGGCUAUUUUGUAUGAUAUAAAAGCCACUGUCGAGAAAAUCUUAGUUACGCAAUACGCGCACUUCCCCACAAAUAACGGAAACAGUUAUAAUAAGUUUUUGAUAACUUGGAAGUAGCACUACAUAAAAAUUGUUGUGUUUGACUAAUAUUGCCCCCAUUACCUUAAUUUCUGCAUACCAAAUACACUAUUCACUCCUAGUUUUUAAAUCAGUGAUCUGAUAAGUUUUAUUUAUUAGGACGCCACUGGAGACGGCGAGGAUCACCAGGAGCUCGUGGACCACCAGGACCGAAAGGGCCCAAAGGAGACAGAGGGUCUCCCGGAUCUCGUGGUCCAGCCGGAAGUCCUGGAUCUAAAGGACCACCAGGACCGAGUGGGUCCAAAGGGGACAGAGGGUCUCCUGGAUCUCGUGGUCCAGCCGGACCUCUUGGAUCUAAAGGACCACCAGGACCGAGAGGGUCCCAAGGAGACAGAGGAUCUCCCGGAUCUCGUGGUCCAGCCGGACCUUCUGGACCGAAAGGAUCAACAGGACCGAAAGGGUCCAAAGGAGACAGAGGGUAUCGCGGAUCUUCUGGCGUAGACGGACGCCGUGGACCUCCCGGACCAAAAGGUAAAACAUUAGAAAAUGCCUAUGCUUGGACAGUGGACCGCUGA